UUUCGAUAUUCGUCUAUGAUUCUCCCUUUCUCUCUUUAAGAAUCAAUGUUUGGGUCAAAUCUGAUUUCGCACAAUUUUAUGCUUUUGAUUUCUCACGUUCUUCGAAAUCACGAUGAAACUCAGCUUUGAAUCCUUUCUCUCAUUAUCACUGUUCACACGAUGAAAACUAUGCUAUAAGUAUGCCAUGAUAAACAAUAGGGCGCCUUCUGUUGACCGUUUAGCAAAGAUCAUUAAAAUUUGAAUUUCGGCUGGGUUGAUGUUAAAUUUCACGUUUAAUCAAAUUUUGGAGCAUUACGUCAAAGAUUCAAUGGGAACAAGCUGGGAUUUAUUAUCUGUUUCAACAAUAUGAAGAACCAACACGGUUAUGUGCCACCUGCUUACAUACCUUUGGGGCAGUCAGAUUCAGAGGCAGUGGAUGUCUCUCUGCUUAGUACCAAUGGAUCAAACCAAAUGCAGGCUCAGUGGUCUUCUGGCAUCUGUGCUUGUUGCGAUGAUAUGCAGAGUUGUUGUAUUGGUUGUCUUUGUCCUUGCUUUCUCUUUGGGAAGAAUGCAGAAUUUCUGGGUUCUGGAACUUUCCUAGGAUCAUGUGUUACCCAUUUUAUAUUAUGGAGUGUGGUUAAUACAGCCUGCUGCUUAUUAACUGAUGGCUUGUUUUGGGGAUUACCGGGAUGCCUUGUUUCAUGUUAUGCUUGUGGCUACCGCAAGGCUUUAAGGUCAAAGUAUAAUUUGCCGGAAGCACCCUGUGGGGAUUUUGUUACCCAUUUUUGCUGUCAUCCUUGUGCCAUCUGUCAAGAGUACCGUGAGAUACGUGAAAGAUCUGGGGAUUGUGAAGCCACAGACUUGAAGCUAGCUGUAGUUGCAGCUCCGCCAAUUCAGACAAUGCAGUCUGAUUCUAAGCAGUGAUGCGGCUGCCAUUCUCCCCCUGCACAAUGACCGUGUAUGAUCUGAAGGGUUGCAAACUUGACUGAGGCCUGUGGUUCACUCUAAAUUACACACUCCUAGUUAAUGUAGUUAUACUAUAAUACUGAUGGUCGCGUUUUCUCAGUUUUACCUUUUUAAUUCUCUUUUAGAGAAAGCUAGAGGAAUAUCACAUAGCUAGUUGUAGUUGUACAUGAAAAAUUUAGUGCGUUUGAUGCCUAGUUUACAUUACCUUUUAUUUUAGUGUCACCUUUACCCUUUAUACUCUUGAAAGACAAGUGAAAAAACUUAUGCCAUGACAUUACCUAAUUUGUUAAUGCGGGGAUCAUUGCUAUGCCUCUCAGUGGGUAAGUUAUUGAAGGUUACCGCUGUACCUUGUCCUAAUUGAGAUUCAAGAAACCUCCAAAGCUUUUAAUAGUA